AUGUAUGCUCGCUAUGUCGUUGACGAGACGCCCUCGCCUUCCUUUCGGGCUUUCUGGUUCAUAUGCCAGUUGACAGCUGCUUGUGGUCUCUUGGUCGUCCUGGGUAUCGCCCUGACAUCAAAGCGGGUCCAUCGCAUGGCUACUUGGUACGGCUUAUGUUUGAGCUGGGUCAUCUCAGCCAUCUCAUACAGCCUCUUGGCACUGGUCGGUCAAGAUUCGGGCCGUCAACCGCCUCUCAACAUCUGCCUCACGCAGAGCAGCCUGAUCUACGCUGCUCCAGUACUGGUGACGGUCAAUUUCGCGGUUCAGGACAAAGGGACAGCUACGUAUGGACAAGUUUUACUCGCAUUACUCCCCGUAGCAUCUCUCAUUCUGCUUGGCAUGUCUCCUGAUAUCAUGCGGGCGUGCAUGUUCUGGAGGCACCCUGGAAAGACCGACCUCGAUAAACCUCUGCCGUCACCGCCCACCGCGUCUCAUGGAUGUGCAUAA